CACUUUGUUUUCCAGGUCCAUGUUUAUGCGUCCUAUGGGUCCCCUCCUCCUCCUAUCCGGGAUCCCACGGCCGGGCUCAGUUGGCCUCCGGCUCCGCUGCGGACACGGGGAACCUGCGGAACUCCCGCACCGCCACUCAGCAGCCACUCGCCCGGCGCCGUCGAACUUCCGCCGCCCAGACCGCCGCAGCCGGCCUGCGGCAGGGACCCGGGAACAAAGAAGGCCGGGCAGCCAAUGGCAGCCGGGCAGCUCCGGGCCGCCGCCAAUCACCGAGCGCCGCACGCACCUUCGCGGCCCGAGCGCGGCGCUGGCAAGGUGAGGGGCGGGGCCGCGUCCGGGGCGGCGCCCUGCGGAGUAAGCUCAGUGACCCUGACCUGGUCUCUGGAGGAUUCUCUGGGUGUCCACGGGCCGGCUUCUAAAGAGCUGGGAUCCAGCCUCCCUCUAGCUGAAGAUAGAGAAGAACUUUUUCCAUUUUGGCAGUUUGUACCUGUGUUUGCCCAGGACUUUUUAUUUGGGUCAAGGGGAAUAGUUAUCCCAAUACUAACUUCUCAGUUUAUUUUCAGGGCAAAGAGAGAAAAAAAAAAAAAGAGAGAGAGAGAUAUUGUAGGGAUCGUUAGGGAUUCCUGUGAUGGACCUUGGGCACUAAAUUCAAUAUUGCGUUGUGGAGAUGCCCUUUCCUCAAUUGCUUUUUUCCACAAACCCAAAUACUGUCAAAAAACCGUAUCUUACAUCCCUAAAGUCAGUGAAUAUUCUUAGAUUGUUUUGUGAGCAUUGGGUUGUUCAAAAGUAAAGAUGAUGUGAAUCACUUCAGAAACAGGUUGUGUCAUUCCUUUGGAAGCAGAGGGUUGCCCAUUGUCUCUGUGUGAGAUGGUGCUAGGCCUAUUGCGUGCUCCGGCUUUGAUGAAGCAGAGUCAUCACAUUGGUGCACCACAGCUUAAUUCAUUUCAUGCCCUAAUUCAGGAGCAACUGCAUCUAAUACCAUCAGAUUGGUGGGUCUGGAAGGAAGCCUAAAGAUUACUUAGUCUAGCUUCCUCACUUUGCAGGGAACUGAGGACUCCAGAGGUGCAGGGACCUUCCUAAUGUCUUAGCCUGUUGGGGACAGAGGCAUUGCUCAGGAAUCUAAACAACUUCUCAAAGAUGUUUGGGGCUGGAAGCACAGCAUGUUGACUAAAGAAAAAGAGCAGUCAAUUUUCUUCAAUUUGUGGUUAUGGCAAAAAAUAACAUUGCCCAGACAGCAGUUGACCUAAUUUGGCACCUACUUUUAAAAAUAACAAAACAAUAUAAAACAAACAAAAAUUCCCCUAUAAUGCAGAUAUUCAGGUCCAGAUGUAUAUCUACCUUGCCUCGAGAAAUUUGGUAGCUGAAAAUAUCCAAAAUUCAUUUUAGCCAAUAUUUGCAACUCUGCUUACUUGAUUAUUUGUUGACACAGAGCAUUGAUUUAUAAUGUGCAUGUUUCCUUUAUCCUAUUAAGAAUUAAAACUGAAAUUACCAAAA